UUUUUAUAUUAAAAAUAGUAAGGUUCUUUCAACAAAAGAAACAAGGCCUUUAUGCUCUUAAAAUAAUGUCAUCGGGAGCUAAAGAUGAUGAUGAUGAUGAUGAUAUUAUUGAAAAGAUUGAAAAACGUAAAACGCUAUUACAAUGGAAAUUAAUCCUACAAUAUCUUAUGAUCAAUCUAUGUACAAUGGCAAUAGUUUUAAUUGUUGUCACUUAUGGAAUGGAUUUAUUUCGCACAUUAAUCAAUCAAGAACCAAAAAUUUCAAUUAAUAUUGAUGAUUUUAAUGACACGAUCAACACAACUGAAAAACGUUUUGAACCAACAAAUCGAACAUUAGUUUUGAUGAUAACCAUCAUCGCCAUGAUUAUAUUCAUCAUUGUAUUUUUGAUGGGUAUCAUAGCUGUAAUGAUCGAUCAUCAUCGUCAUAUAAUGACUAUAUUUCUUGGAUUAAUGGUAGCAAAUUUUAGUGGCUGCUUAGCUGUCGGAUACAUACGCGGUGGUAACCAUCGUUGGCAUUUCUGGCCCGUAUCAUUUAUUUCUUUCACAUUAAUAUGUCUUUCAUCCUCACAUAUUGCCAUUAAUUAUAAAAUUGAACAACUACCGGAUUAUGAUGGUUUUUCUUCAUCAUUGGAAACACAACCUAAUGGAAUGCCAUUCAUUUUAGUUGACAAGAAAAAUCGUAAAAAAAAUAAUCAUCGUCAUCGUCUAUUCGAGACAACUUCAUUAGAUAGUAUUAAUAGUGAACAAAGUUUGAAUUCAAAUCCUUCAUCAGUUUAGAAACAUUUAUUUUAAAUUAUUAAUCAAUUAGAUCAUUAUAAAUUAUUA